GAAUGAGGAGUAUUUUGGAGUUUAUUAAAUUUGGGUAGGAUAAGAAACUUAAUUGGUGGGUCAAAAAUUUAACCCUCUUUUCAGUGUACUGCAGAUUUGCUUAGCAGGGCCUAGUCUCUUGGCCAUUUGGGCCAAGAACGUGGAAGCUGAGUUAUUUUGAACUAUCGUGAAAAAAAACACGUUCGCGUAGAAACAAGUUUUCCCUCUUAGAACUUUUAUCAAACAGGUUAUGGUCAUUAUACAGAGAGUUGCAGACGCUGUAAACAUGGACCAAUUCAAUGGCCAAACCUUGAUCCUGAGCAACACUCAAUUUCCACAGUGAAGCACAGAACUGGAUGGUGAUGAUGGAGGAAAGGAAGAGGAACCAAUUUGGUAGUUCACUGUGUAGCGAAUGAGUGUUGAGGAGAUUCACAUUCCCUGAAAAUGCCACCACCACCGCGGCCGCCACCGUCACCGGCGAAACCAGACAAAUUCUAUUUCUUCUACGGCCACCGGAAGCCCGCCCAGAACCGCCCCACCGUCCGCGGCGGCCUCUUCUCCAACCGCCAAACCCUCCCCCCAUCCAAACCCAGAAAAACCACCCACCAACAACAACAACCACCCUUCCAAAUCCAGAAGUGGGACCCACACUUCCUCCCCCACCGGAACCCCAAACCACCCUCACCAUCGCCGUCGCCGUCGUCUUCAUUCUCCGCCUCCCUCCGCCUCUCUCCGAUCGCCCGUUUCAUCCUCGACGCGUUCCGCAAAAACGGUUACAAGUGGGGGCCGCCGGUGGUUACCGAACUCAGCAAGCUCCGCCGGGUGACGCCGAGCCUCGUUGCCGAGGUGCUCAAGGUUCAAACCAAUCCCACCCUUUCGUUCAAAUUCUUCCACUGGGCUGAGAAGCAGAAGGGUUACCACCAUAACUUUGCCUCCUACAAUGCCUUUGCCUACUGCAUGAACCGUAACAACCACCACCGAGCUGCUGAUCAGCUCCCUGAGCUGAUGGAUUCGCAGGGGAAGCCGCCGUCCGAGAAGCAGUUUGAGAUCUUAAUCCGGAUGCAUUCGGAUGCCGGUAGGGGUCUUAGGGUUUACCAUGUGUAUGAGAAGAUGAGGAACAAGUUUGGUGUGAAACCUAGGGUGUUUUUGUAUAAUAGGAUCAUGGAUGCUUUGAUUAGGACAGGGCAUUUGGAUUUGGCGUUAUCGGUUUAUGAUGAUUUUAAGGAGGAUGGGUUGGAUGAAGAGAGGGUUACGUUUAUGGUUUUGGUGAAGGGGUUGUGUCAGGCUGGGAGGAUUGAUGAGAUGUUGGAGGUUUUGGGAAGGAUGAGGGAGAAGCUGUGUAGGCCGGAUGUGUUUGCCUACACCGUGCUGGUUCGGAUUCUGGUUCCGCAGGGGAAUUUGGAUGGUUGUUUGAGGGUUUGGGAGGAAAUGAAGAAAGAUAGGGUUGAGCCAGAUGUCAUGGCUUAUGCUACUAUCAUUACAGGUCUGUCUAACGGAGGGAGGGUUGAGGAGGGUUAUGUGUUGUUCAAGGAGAUGAAGAGUAAAGGUCAUUUGAUUGAUAGAGCGAUAUAUGGCUCGCUGGUUGAGUCGUUUGUGGCAGUGAAUAAGGUUGGUGCGGGUUUUGAUUUGUUGAAGGAUUUGGUGAGCUCAGGGUACCGGGCAGAUUUGGGGAUUUAUAAUAACCUUAUUGAAGGUUUGUGCAAUUUGAAUAAGUUCGAGAAGGCUCACAAGCUUUUCCAAGUCACUAUUCAGGAGGGUCUUGAGCCGGACUUUUUAUCGGUGAAGCCUCUAUUGGUGUUAUAUGCUGAAGCGAAACGAAUGGAAAAUUUUUACAAGUUGCUCCAGCAGAUGGAGAAAUUAGGUUUUCCAGUUAUUGAUGAUCUCGCCAGAUUCUUCUCCAUUUUUGUUGAGAAGAAAGGACCAAUAAUGGCAUUGGAGGUAUUUUCUUACUUGAAAGAAAAAGGUUAUGUUAGUGUUGACAUAUACAAUAUUCUUAUGGAUUCUCUUCACAAGGUUGGUGAGAUGAAGAAAGCAUUAUCACUCUUUGAUGAAAUAAAUGGUGCAAACUUGAAACCUGACUCAUUUUCAUAUAGUAUAGCUAUUCUAUGCCAUGUUGAUCUUGGUGAAAUUAAGCAGGCAUGUGAAUGUCACAAUAAGAUCAUUGAGAUGUCUUGCAUUCCUUCUAUUGCUGCUUAUAAAUGCCUUACUAAAGGGCUUUGUAAAAUUGGAGAGAUUGAUGAAGCCAUGAUGCUUGUACGCGAUUGCUUAGGCAAUGUUACUAGUGGACCUAUGGAGUUUAUGUAUAGUCUUACAGUUAUUCAUGCAUGUAAGUCAAAUGAUGCUGAGAAGGUGAUUGGUGUAUUAAAUGAGAUGAUGCAACAAGGUUGCCCUCCAGGUAAUGUCGUAUGUUCUGCAGUUAUCUCUGGCAUGUGUAAGUAUGGAACAAUUGAAGAGGCCAGGAAGGUUUUUUCAAAUUUGAGGGAGCGCAAACUGUUGACUGAAUCUGAUACGAUUGUGUAUGACGAGUUUCUAAUUGAUCACAUGAAGAAAAAGACAGCAGACUUGGUUAUGUCAGGAUUGAAGUUCUUUGGUCUGGAGUCUAAACUAAAGUCAAAAGGCUGUAAGCUGUUGCCAAGUUGAGUAGUGGAGACUGAUUAAUUCCUUUUUCUUUGAACAUGCAUAGUGAUGCAGAAGAAGCAUUUGCGAGAGAUCAACAAUUCCCUCCAGCGCCCCUUCCAUCACUUUGCAAGUAACUUGAAUCUUCAAUUCAAUUAUGAAGUGGAAGCCUGCUGACAUGUUAACAUCUAUGGUUAUUUGUGCUAUUUAUAAAGAGUUGUGACUUCUAUGAGAAGUAUGUUUGAUCCAAGAUAUAUGCUUGAUCUUGCUAUCUCUCAGGUGGAUGAAAAUGAGUAGAUUUGUUAAGAUUGAAUAAUCUGGCUCACCAGGUGUUGAUACUAUAGUUCUUAAUAAGGUGAUUACAACUAGGUGUUGCUGUCUUUUGGCAACUAGGGAAUUAGGAGGUCAUUGUCCCUUCCUUCCAUGAGCUAAGGUGAUAAUUUUUCAUUGUUUGAAUUGUUAUGGAUAUCUCUUGGAAAAGACAAUAAGUUGCUGGUUCAUGAAGUGAAUGCUUGUGUUUGGUUUGGGGCUUGGAAAAGUUCAGAUUGAAUAAAAGGAUGUCCGAAGGAAUCUGAUAUCAGUAGUUAAAAGAGAAGGGAGUCUACUUGAAUGCAGCCUUGCCUUUUGCCAAAAGGCACUUCUGAGAAGGGUUAACCCCGAGAUUAGUCACUGUCUUUGUGUCGUCGUCUUACCUAGGUCCCUCGCCGGAAAAAUUAUUGAAAAAGCUCCUCUUCUUUGUAAAUCGUUUGGAGCAGGUCCUCGUCGGAGCCCGGAGCUCCGGCGAGUCAUGAUUUGGAACGCUGACGGGAACAAGUGAUCUGACAUGGAUUUUAAAAAUAAAUUACUUUAUCAAGCUGAUUUGGAUUUUUUAUUUUUUUCUAAUUAAAAUUAACGGAAAAAAGUUUUAAUUACUGAAAACUUAAUUAAAUCAUCCAUCUUCAUCAUCCAAUUAAAACUCAGAAACUCAAUCAAUAUUUCAUUUUUCAUCUUCCCCACAAUCAAUCUUUCAUCUUCUUCACCUUCAACAAACCUAGCCACCGACCACCAUGGACCUGCAGCCACCGAGCCACCACCCCCAGAAAUCCACCCCCACCUCCAGCAAGCUUAACAACCCAGCAACCAUUUGUACCCACCAUGAAAAAGAGAAAGAGAGAUCGACAGAUAAAGACUAUCUAUGCUCUAUCUAUAGUCAAUGUGGGACUUCUAUCACACCCCCUCACGUCCAAGACUGAACAACCCGGAACGUGAGAUCAACAACAACGGGUGGCCCAAUAAUGGGGGGUCUCCACAACAAACAACAAAUGAAUCUAGGAUAGGCUCUGAUACCAUAUUAGAAAUUGGGAGGCCUAUACUCAACCACAAAAGCUAGCUCAAGAGUUGAGAUUAGAAAUUGGGAGGCCUAUACUCAACCACAAAAGCUAGCUCAAGAGUUGAGGUUUGCACUACCCUUAUAAAGCUUAUCUUGGCUCUAUCUCUAGCCAAUGUGGGACUUCUAACACACCCCCUCACGUCCAGGAUUGAAUAAACUGGAACGUGGGAUCAACAACGGGUGGCUCAAAUAUGGGUGGUCUCCACAACAAAUGGAUCUAGGAUAGACUCUGAUACCAUAUUGUGCACUACCCUUAGAAAAAGAGGCAAAACAAGAACAGAGAACAUUAGGGGAAGAGCAAAACCCCAACCCCCACCCCCAACCUACACCUACAACCAGAUCUGUGAAUCGAAGAGCAAAGAAAGUGGAUGGUGAUUAAGGGGGCUCGAUGGUGAUGGGGUUAUGAGACGUCGGUAUGGUGGCUGGGAUCUGUCACGGUGGCUCGAUGAGGAUGACGGAGCUGCGAGGAGGAAGAAAGGAAGGCCCAGAGGUUGGUCAUUGGUGGAGGUUCCUGUCUAUGUUUCUGUAAUUGGCGGUUUACAGAUCUGUCACGGAGCACUAGGUCACCCUCCACCUGAUUCCCCCACCCUCGAUUCCUCCGAGCAUGUUUGCAUCUCCUCCCUCGCCCUUCUCAAAAUGCUCAAACAUUGUAAGGCUGGUGUUCCUAUCGAAGUACCAAUGGGUCCAAGACAUUGGGAUAAGUGGCGGCGCAUGUGGUGGAAUAGAAAAUUCUGGGAACUGUGGAUUAAUAGGAGGUGAUGAUAGAUAAGGAAACGUUGGUGUUUAUGUUGGUGUUUAUGUGAUAAUGGUGUUUCUUUAUUUUUUAAUUUGAGUAUUGAAGAAAGGGGAUGCAGAUGAUGGGAUGAGAAGAUGAAGAUGUUUGUGAGAUGAUAAGGAUGAUGAAGAAGGAGGUGCAAAUGUUUUGAUUUUCUGGAAAUAGAAGAAGUUUUAUGAUUUGUAAUUUAAUUUAAUUUAGUUUGGGUUUUUAAUUUAAUUUAGUUUGAGUUUUUAAUUUAAUUUAAUUUUCUGAUGUGUAAUUUUUUAUAUUUUUUAAAUUCCAAGUAGGACUCAUUAACACAGUCAGCGUUCCAAAUCAUCACUCGCCGGCGAGGACCUGCUCCAAACGAUUUACAAAGAAGAGGAGCUUUUUCAAUAAUUUUUUCGGCGAGAGACCUAGAUCAGACGACGACACAAAGACAGAAACCAAUCUGACGGUUAACCCUUCUGAGAAUUGUUGAACUUAAUGAAUUUGGGUUCCGAUGCCCUGCUUCUGCUUCUACCUUGAAAGAGAACUUUGAUAGUAUCAAUAUUUAGAUUAUGUGUAUUAAAACUGUUAAGUUUAUUCUUAGUGCAUACACCUCAUUUGA